UUUGUUUCUCUGCCCGGGAAAGGCUGAUCUUAGCAAAACGAUUUGUAAAAGGAAAAGUGUCACACAGUUUAAAAAAAAAAAAAAAAAACACAACACAUCUGAGAAAAAACGACCUGGACUUACAACAUACAUUUCAAUUGUGGAGUACGUUUCCUAAAGUGCAAGCCAAACAUUUUUGUAUUAUUAUUAUAUUCUGUUCAGACGUGGUUGGCGCCCUCUGAAAAAUGUUCUGUGAAAAGGCUAUCGAGCUGAUAAGGGAACUCCAGCGAGCAUCUGAUGGUCAGCUACCGGCUUUUAACGAGGAUGGAAUUAGACAAGUUCUUGAAGAAAUGAAAGCACUGUACGAGCAGAAUCAAACUGAUGUGAACGAGGCAAAGUCUGAGGGAAGAAGUGAUUUGAUCCCAACAAUCAAGUUCCGUCAUUGCUGUCUGUUGAGGAAUCAGCGGUGCAUUGCAGCUUAUCUUUAUGACCGAUUGCUCCGUAUUCGGUCUCUAAGGUGGGAAUAUGGCAGUGUUCUUCCUACAUCCAUAAGAUUCCACAUGUGUGCUGAAGAGCUGGAAUGGUUUAACCAGUAUAAAAAGUCUCUUGCCACCUACAUGAGGUCAUUGGGAGGAGAUGAGGGUCUGGACGUCACACAGGACAUGCAGCCACCUAAGAGUCUGUACAUUGAGGUUCGUUGUUUGAAGGAUUAUGGAGAGUUUGAAAUUGAUGAUGGCACCACAAUUCUGCUUAAGAAAAACAGCCAGCACUUUCUUCCCCGAUGGAAGUGCGAACAGCUGAUUCGACAGGGAGUUCUGGAGCAUGUAAUGUCUUGAAUUGACUGAAGGCUGGAAAAAAGAUGAAACAUUUUAUCAUGUAUUUCUGAUGUUUGUAUGUGUUUAUAAAUAAAUAUAAUUUAGUUAUCUGAUGGUAUUGCCCACUGGUCUGUAUGUCGCACAGUUUUACCUAUAUCUUUAUAAAUGAUAUAUAUCUUUAUAAAUGAUAUAGGGUAAACAGCAUACAAUCCAGUACUUUCCUUGCAAUCAUGCAAUUGUUCUGUUUCGUUAUUUCCAUUCAAAACAAAUUAGAAAACAACAUACAGAUAAUCUUCAUCCAUAAAUUUAAAAAAUGUGAAACUUUUUAGUCCAGCAGACAAACAGUCUGCUUUCAUCACUGCAAGCUACAUGUAUUUUUGUUCAAAAAAAGAUUUAAACAUUAUUAAGGCCUGGUU